AUGCUUCGGCCAACGAUCGCUUUGCUGAUGGCAAACGUAUGUAAUGCUGCAGCUCCGAAAUCUGUUAGGUUAGAAUGCGGUUCCGACGAGGUGUCAGUUAAUCAGUACAAAAUUGGUAUGAUUAGUGAAAUGAUACAUACCGCAAGUUUGGUACACGAUGAUGUUAUCGACGGAGCGGAUACACGUCGUGGUAAUGCGUCCGUGAAUGCGAUUUGGGGAAAUAAGAUGGCUGUACUAGUUGGAGACUUUAUUCUGGCCCGUGCUACUCAGAUACUGUGCUCUAUUAAUCGGCCAAACGUGAUAGCAGUAAUGGCGUCAAUCAUUGAGGAUUUAGUGAUGGGUGAAUUUAUGCAGAUGACUGAGAAAACGGCUGCGAAUGAAGACAGGAUGCAACAGUACCUGCAGAAGACAUUCAAGAAGACUGCUAGCCUUUUUGCGAAUAGUUGCAAGAGUUUGGUCGAUGACCUAUUGGACUUCAUCGCCUCUGCUGAUAUGAUCGGAAAGCCGGUGGCUGCAGAUCUUGAAGCU